CUCACCGAAAGCCAUGUCAUUGAAAGUUUACUGUGCUGCAAUUUAACUGAGCCAUAUGGCAUUGUUCUCUUUAAAAGUAGAUUUGUAAUUCCAAAAUGUCACAUCUUAUUUAGCCCUUUGAUUACCUUUUCCACACUACUUUUUCUGGUUUUCAUUUCCAUAGCAUUUAAAUGAGGGAACUGAUGCUAUUGACAGGAAGUGAUGUGGGAUGAGGAGAGGUGGCCUGAUUCAUCCAAGAAAGGUCACACAACCAAGCAGUAACGGAUUUGAUCAUUCUACAGUUCAUCUUCUCCUUUUCUUUUUCAGAUAUCGAAUUACCACAGUAUCAUGGCUUCCUUCCCAGAAAAGAUGUCCCUACAGAUGAUAUCAGCUAUUCAAAACUCAUCCUUGAUUCAACCAGGAUUUUCUUUGCUGAACUUUGAUGGCCAUGUUUUCCUGUUUGGACAGAAAGGCUGGCCAAAGAGGUCCUGCCCCACUGGAAUUUUUCUUCUGGAUUUCAAAAAGGAUGAACUCAAACUGAAACCAGCAUACUUCUCAAAGGAUUCCUGCUACCUCCCUCCUCUACGGUACCCUGCAAUCUGCAUUCUCAAGAGUAGUGCAGCACAGCCUGAGAAAUGCCAGUACAUCAUCCAUGGAGGCAAAACACCAAACAAUGAACUUUCUGAUAAGCUCUACAUCAUAAGCUUGGUCAGCAAGAACAACAAGAAAGUCACAUUUCGGUGUACUGAGAAAGAAUUAAUAGGGGAGGUCCCUGAAGCGAGAUAUGGCCAUACCAUUAGUGAGGUUCACAGACAAGGUAAAAAUAUGAUGGUUAUAAUUGGGGGAAGGUCAUACAUGUCUCUUGGACAAAGAACCACUGAAAGCUGGAACAGUGUGGUGGACUGUAUGCCAGAUAUAUUUCUGAUAGACCUUGAAUUUGGAUGCUGUACUUCAUAUACCCUACCAGACCUUCAGAGUGGGUUCUCUUUUCAUCUCUGCCUUGCCCGAAAUGAUACUCUCUAUAUUAUAGGAGGUCAUUCCAUUCAAAAUAAUACCAGACCUCCAAAUCUCUAUAGAAUAAAAAUUGAUCUCCCUUUAGGAAGCCCAGCUGUUAGUUGCUGUGCUUUGCCAGGUGGAAUCUCUGUUUCCAGUGCCAUUGUGACCCAGACCAAUAACAACGAAUUUGUUGUUAUUGGGGGCUACCAUUCUGACAACCAGAAGAGAAUGGUUUGCAAUACAAUCAAUCUUGAAGAUAACAAGAUAGAAAUAAUGGAAAGGGAGGCACCAGAAUGGACUCCAGAAAUCAAACACUGCAAGAUAUGGUUUGGGAGUGACAUGGGAAAUGGAGCUAUACUCUUUGGCAUUCCAGGAGAUAACAGGCAGCUAACUUCAGAUUCAAACUACUUUUAUAUAUUGAAAUGUCAUGGAGAAGAUGAUCAAGAAGCAGAACAGAUGGUACAAGUAUGUAGUCAGAGUUCUACAGAAGAUGCAGGAGAAUCCACUCCUUUUGAGGAUUCAGAGGAGUUAACUUUCAGCUUUGAUAUUAAUGACAUUGACACUUACAAUGAAGGCGAUGAAGAAGAUGAGGAAGAUUCAGGUUAUUGGAUCACUUGCUCUGCAGGCUGUGACAUUGAUAUAAACACUUGGGUGCCUUUAUACUCCACAGAGCUCAACAAGCCUGCCAUGAUUUUCUGUUCCAGUGAAGGUGGUCACUGGGUCCAUGCUCAAUGUAUGGACCUGUCUGAGGAUACACUUAUUCACCUGUCACAAGUAAGCAUCAAGUACUUCUGCACUGAACACAUCCAUCUAGCCAGGGGACUGCAAACGCCCAAGGAGACCCCUCCUCUGGAAAAGAAACCAAUGAAAUCAUUACGUAAGAAAAAAACCAUGAAAAUAUUCACUCCUGCAAAAAAGUCUUUUAUCCGGAAGUUGUUUGAAUAGUUUCAAAAGUGCAAAAUGGAGAAUAUUAUCUUGGGAUGGAAGGGUCUGGUUCCAAAUCUAAAGUUAGUUACUACUCAGAUAUCUUUUAGACUUCUAAGGAGUGCUUUGGGUCUACAUUUGGUGGCAAAAUUGGAGUGAUUAAUUAAAAUACUGUUUCCUUGAGUUUGGCUCACAUUCUGCAUACUAAAUACAGUUCCAACUCAAGAUCUAUUUUAUCAUUAUUAGACCAGCUCAUCAUUAUGACUUUGGUAAAACAGUGGUGGGCUAACCCUAUAAUUAAGAUAAGGUGCAACAAGAAGGCAUUUUUCUUUAAUGAAAUAUACAUGGCUCUGUUAAGACUAUAUCAGGCUGCCUUAUGCAAAGUAGGACUCCCACAUGCCACAUUUGUAUCCAAAAAGCGUAUAUGUAAUGAUUUAAAAACAGUAUGCAGGACCAAAGCUCACACUGGAGUCUACACUGACGGGCAACAACCCUUCCAAAAGUACCUGGAGGUGCAAGGAUUAAAACAUAGACCAUCUUCUUGAAAAGCAAGUGGGCAUCGGAACUAUCUGCUCCCAGUUAACUUUGGGCUGACCACAAUAUUUCUCGUCAGGCUGAUGAAUUGCUCUGGACUUUGUUGCUGUUGCCAACUGCCAUCGAAUCGACCUAUGACAACCCUCUUAAUGAAAGAUCUCAGUAGUUCUGUCAUCAGCAGGCCUGAACUUUGUUAUUCAUCUUCUAAUGGUCAAAAUUCUAUAUACUUUUGGUGCAGCAUAAACAUACACUUGUAUAGUAUGCUUGGCUUAAAGAGUUGCGCAACUGACUGAGAUCAGUCCUGGACAAGUGUUGACUAGCCAUGCAUACAUCAAACCAAAAGUGUGAGGGAGAUCAGUGGGCAUGCUUGCUGAAUGAUAGGGGCCAUACCUACCCACUUUCUGAGACAGCACAACUGCUUCUACAACUGUUUUUAUGCCAGUAAGUGACCCAACUGGGUUCUGAUCUAUCACUUAUUCAUCUUUGAUGUAUAAUUUUGUCCUUUAAUAUGAUGCAAAUGCUCCCUGUGAAUUGUUUUUUGUGUGUGGAAUAACUGAAUAAAAUAUUUUAAAUAAAUAAUUACUGUGCUUAGAAUAAUAGAAUAAUAGAGUUGGAGACCCCUCUCCUAGGGAAAUGAAACCAAUGAAACCAUGGGCCAUCUAGUCCAACACCUGCCAUGCAGAAAAAGCACAAUCAAAGCACCCCUGAUAGAUGGCCAUCCAACACCUGCAGUCCAGACAGCUGGCCCAUGAUUUUCCAAGCUAAA